AUGCCGUUGGAGCCGGCGGAGGAGCCCUUAGGGAGGUUUCGUGUGGUGUUGUCUCGCAGCUGCCUGAGUGACCCUGGCGCGGUGUCCUCCUGUUCCGGCGGUAGGAGCGUUUCGGGUGCGGUUCCGUGCGCGGCCGCUUCUUCUGCGGCGGGGGCGGGGGCGCUGUCUAGUUUGGCCUCCGGGGUCACGCGUUUGGAUAAUUCAUCCCAACCACGACGUUUCGGGGGUGCCAUUGUGCGAGUGAGCGAGCUGCAGUCGGCGGGUGGUGCGGCGUCCUCGACUGCGCCGGCCGGCCGCGAAGGCAGCGCGCGGGGGAGGCCGCCGGCGAAGAUGUUGUGGCGAGCAAUGGGUUUGGCGGGCAUCGGCGGCGACGAGGCGUGUCCUCCGUGCGGCGACACUGCGGGGGUGGGUUCGCCGGCUGCAAAGGGCGUGGCUGGCAGGGUUGGGCAAAGGCGCAUGCCUUCCUCCCGCGGGGGGCAUACAAACCGCAGCAGCAGCAGCAGCAGCAAAAAGCCCGUAGCCUCACUGCGCAGGAAAACGGAGCGAUCGCGAGGGAGGGGUAGCAGUUUGCAGCUGCAACCCAAUGGGGCGCCGUAUGAGCACCGAUGGUCCACGGUGAAUGGCCGUCGUCAGCUGCACUACGGCGGUCACACGUACAAGGGUAGAGCCGCCCACCAGCUUUGGGGGAAGAUAAAGGCCGCACUCCCUCCAACGGGUUCGAACUCCUCGCAAGUGUCUUCUAGAGUGCGAAGCACGGAAAGGCAAAAACCCAACGGCAAAAAGCGUGCGCGUACAGGAGAAAUACUUGCCGCCGAUGCCAUUUCAGGAGUUCAGGCUGCUACGAGUCGUGUGGUGUUCCAGCGCACGAGACAGAUGUGCGCACCUGCCCCAACUUGCGUCUCGACAACACGCACCGGGCUACUGCUUGAUGACGACGAGGAGCCGCAGCCAAAAGGAGAUGCGGGGGCAGACGUGUUGCUUCUUUCGGGGAGAGGUGACGGGACGGUGAGCAGUUCGGAGACGUUGACAACCUCGAGUUUGACCUCCUCCGCGACGGACGAGGACAGCCUGACCAGCAGCAUGAGUAGCUUCAGCAGCGAGAGCUCAUCUGACACAGCUGUUGGGCGUCGCCAUGAUGGUAUUGUCACAAUGGCAGGCGUGAGGCGCCAAGGCGCUGGCUCCGCAAAGACAAGAAAGCCGCCUGUGCUGGUGGAGCAUGAGGGUUGGGUUUACCCGGCAGAGUUACUGCCCGUUUUGUGCGGGCAGCGAUGUGCUGACGCGUCGCUUGCGCAGCAGGCGGUCGAGAAUGCCGGAACUUUUGAGGCCGAUGCCGCGGGAAGAGAGGACCCCGAAAACAGGGCUGGUAUGGCGCAAGAAGGUCACAAGGCGGAAAGCAAUCCGAAGGCACGGGGUUUAACUGUUCUUGGUUGGGGUGACGUUGGAGAUGCCUCAUUGGCGGUUCACCGGCACCGGGAGGACGCAACCGCAACUCUCAACUCGGCGGACUCCCUGCGUUACGAGGAAAUGGAUGCGUUGGAUAGCUUUCUAGAUGCAGACGCGGCAGACUUGUUUGUGGCCGGUGAUGAAAUUGGGGGUGUUCGGUUUGCUCCAUAA